AUGGCUAGUGUGGCCAGAGACCCUGACAGAUUUAUGCCAGGAAUAGAGGAACAAACCACCGUGCCAUCAUUUGCUGAAAGGCAGUGUCCAGUGAAAUACUGUGUUGACAUAAGGAAGCAAGUUCAAGUCAGGGUGGCAUUUAGUGAGCUCAGGAGUGUGGGUCCCUCGCUAAGCGUACAUCAUAUCCCAGGAAGGGUGAGCAAGGCGGUGUGGGGACAGGUAGCAUCCCACCGAGCACUGCUCAGUGUGCUGCAGCUGCACGGCCCUUACCCCAAGGGCAGUCAAAACAUCCAGAUCAAAGGAGCUCAGAAAGAACCAAGAUAUAUUGAACCUCUAUAUACGUUGGGCACUGCAGUAAAUGCUGCCACCACAAGGAGGAAAAAGCACACCCUCCCGAACUGUAAGAACCUCAUAGGAGCUCUUUCCAAAUGUCCCGAAUGCUGGCAAUACAGACCUGUUAACUCAAAAGUGUCAUCUUUCUCAAAGAUGCCAUCUAGUCUCACAGUGCUGUGGACUGAUCUCCCUUCCAGCAAUGCCCUUUCCUCCACACUGCUGCCAACAGAAAUUCUACUUCUCAACACUCCCUCCUACGGGAACCCUUCUCCGAUAUCAAGGUUGAGGGAGGGUAGACGAGAAAGGAUGCGCUCUCAGAUGGGAGGGUUGGGGGAGCAAGGUCAUCACUGGCAGUUCUGGAGCUCGAGCAGGGCAGCUGCCGUGAGGACCAAACCCCCUCAAAUGAGCAGCCGGAUGCACAGUGUGGCUCACAGAUGGGCUUUAAUAACAAAGCUCAGCCACCUGCAGACAGACAUCACUGUGAGCCUACACUAUUGCCCACACUAUGCAAAGAAGUCCGAGGCAUCUUGCUUCUGUUGUGUGAAUAAUAUCAUCUUGGCCAUCCUGGAACUGCUAAGGUAUCACCAGAGGGUGCUCUGUGUUGACAUUGAUAUUCACCUUGGUGAUGGCGCGGAAGAGGCGUCCUAUACCACAGACCGCGUCAUGACUGUGUCCUUUCAUAGAUAUGGAGAGUACUUCCCAGGAACUGGGGACCUACAGGAUUUGGGGGCUAGCAAAGGCAAGUAUUAUGCUGUUAACUACCUCCUCUAAGAUGGAAUUGAUGAUGAGUCCUACGAGGCCAUUUUCAAGCCAGUCGUGUCUAAAGUCAUGGAGAUGUUCCAGCCCAGUGCAGUCAUCUUACAGUGUGGCUCUGACUCCCUGUCUGGGGAUCAGUUAGGUGGCUUCAAUUUGACCAUCAAAGGGCAUGCCAAGUGUGUGGAAUUUGUGAAGAGCGUUGACCUGCCUAUGCUGAUGCUGGGAGGAGGUGGCUACACCAUUUGUAAUGUCGCCCGGUGCUGGAUAACUGUGGCCCUGGACACGGAGAUCCCUAAUGAGCUUCCAUACGGUGACUACUGCGAAUACUUUGGACCAGAUUUCAGAUUUCACAUCAGUCCUUCCAAUAUGACUAACCAGAACACUAAUGAGUACCCGGAAAAGAUCAAACAGCAACUGUUUGAGAACCUGAGAAUGCUGCCCCAUGCACCUGGGGUCCAAAUACAGGCCAUUCCUGAGGAUGCCAUUCCAGAGGAGAGUGGUGAUGAGGAUGAAGAAGACCCUGACAAGCACAUCUCAAUCUGUUCCUCGAACAAACGAAUUGCCUGUGAGGAAGAGUUCUCCGACUCUGAUGAGGAGGGAGAAGGCGGUCUCAAGAACUCUUCCAACUUCAAAAAAGCCAAGAGAGUCAAAACAGAAGAUGAGAAAGAGAAAGACCCAGAAGAGAAGAAAGAAGUCAUAGAGGAGGAGAAAACCAAGGAGGAGAAGCAAGAAGCCAAAAGGGUCAAGGCAGAGUUCAAGUUGGCCUGAACAGACCUCUCCAGUUCUGGCUUUUUGCCAAGUUCCCCACCUUUAUCCCACAA